AUGACUAAUGGUGCUAGUAAUGUUGUUAAAAAGAUACAAUUAAAUCAAAGAGAUAGACCGUCUGGUAUAAUAUGGGUACAGUUUGACCAUUCAGAUGUUGGAGAGAAAACCAGACAUGAAAAUAGACAUCUUUAUGUCCAAGGUAUUGAGUCCACAUGGACUCCAAUAAAGCCAGUCACAACUCAGUUUGCUGUGGGUAGAAACCAAACUGCACAAGUUGUUAGAAAACAGUUUCCACUUAGACCCGCUGCAGCAAAGACAAUCCACCGUUCACAAGGUGACACUGAACAAAAAAUUGUUGUAAAUUUCAACACUAGAAGAUCAAUACCACAUAUACAUCAUGUUGGUUUGAGCAGGGUAACAGCAAUUGAAGGUUUAUUUAUCACUGACCUAUGUGAAGAUAAAAUAGCUGUCAAUCCUCAUGUAGCAGCUGAAAUGGAACAUUUGAGAAAUGAACGUGUACUAAAACUAAGUGUCACUCCUAUUUAUAAGACAGACCAAGUCUCAUUCAAACUGUGCUAUCUAAAUGCACGGUUGUUGCAUAAACACAUUGAUGAUAUUCGGCAUGAUUUUAAUUUUGCUAAUACAGACAUAAAUAUUUUUUCUGAAACUCGAUGUAUGCGCUCGGAUAAUGCCAGUAUGUAUGAUAUUGAUGGUUACACCUUGUUCAGAAAUGAUGGUCACUCUUUGACUACCAGACCCUUUGGUGGCAUGACAGUGUUUAGCAGAGUUGAAUUCUUACCUGGAUAUCCAUGUUGUUAUAAUAUUAAUGGCAUUGAAAUAACCAUUAUGAAAGCAAUGAUUCUUCCACAUGUUACUAUAAUUGGUAUAUAUCGAUCACCCCGAAUUCCACUACAACAAUUGUGUGCAGCAUUAGAUGACGUUGUGAGAUUCUGUACUUCUCAAUUUAACAUUUUCAUUGGUGAUUUUAAUGUAAAUUGGUUGAAUGAAGCCAAUAGAAGGCCUUUAUAUAAUUUUUUUAUCAAUAAUAACAACUACAGACAAUUAAUAUCUAGUAGUGUCACUACAGACAAUCAGACGUUAAUAGAUCACAUUUAUACAAAUUUACCAGAAUCACAAGUGAAUCCCCACAUCUUAGAAACAUAUUUUUCAGAUCAUAAAGCCGUAUGUGCCUUAAUUAAUUGUUUUCUUUAAAUUGUAAGGUCUUCUUAAAAGUAAUGAACUGCGUGAACAGCAGAUAUUUAGCUCCAGUUAAAAAGACACAUUAUUUUCGUAUCAUUAUUAUUGCAUUUGGGAUAUAAAUGGUACUCAUCCUCUUAAGUCACUGGUUAAAUGUAAAUAUUCUUAAUUUAUAUGCAUGAAGUAGGCAUAUAAUUUCAAAUAGCACAAUUCCGCACAAUUGCUGUGCAAAUGUGAUUCCGUCAAUGCAACAUUCAACCUACUCAGGUUCUCAAUCUUCGCUCCUACCUCCCUUGAAUUGAGACCCUGAUAUCGGCUGGUCUCGUGAUCAUGACCCGUCAUAUUUAGGCGGAUUUGCUCAAUUGUUUUUGGGAAAGUAUAGUAACUAA